AUGCAGAGAGCUGAGGAUGAAACAGCUCGUCUCUAUCAGGAAUUCGUUGAAUCGUUUGAAGGAGAUAGUGCAGCUAAGACUUUUGUUCGAGGUGGGACAAUCAAUCCCAAUGAUAAGUCCAAGCCUGAUUCUGAAGGUGAAAAGUCCAGAGAUUUGGGUUCCAUUUCAAAGAAGGGGAGUAGGUAUGUUCCCUCCUUUCUUCCCCCAUCAUUGGCAUCUAAGAAUAAGGAACCAGAGAACAAGAGGGAAGAAAAGAGAUCAAAGGAGAGAGAAAAGGCAAAGACUCUAAACAUAGAUCACUUUAUGGAGGAGCUGAAGCGUGACCAGGAAAUGAGAGAAAGGCGAAACCAGGAUCAGGAGAAUCCUCGUGACCAUAAUAGUGCUAGCACGUUGUACUUAUCUCACUCAUCUAGCCGGUUUGGUGAGCUACCUGAUGAUUUUGAUCCCAGUGGAAGGCUAGAGUCAUUUGACGAUGGUGACCCACAAACUACGAAUCUAUAUGUUGGGAAUCUUUCACCUAAGGUUGAUGAGAAUUUUCUUCUGCAGACGUUUGGAAGAUUUGGGCCCAUAGCUAGUGUUAAAAUUAUGUGGCCAAGAACAGAGGAGGAGAAAAAGCGACAAACACAUUGUGGCUUCGUUGCUUUCAUGAAUAGAGCCGAUGGACAAGCUGCAAAAGAUGAAAUGCAAGGGAUCAUUAUGUAUGAGUAUGAGCUGAAGAUUGGAUGGGGUAAAGCGGGCUGCAACUUAAUUUUUUCUGGUACAUCGGGUCCACCAAUAACUUCUGUUCCAAAUCAAAAUUCUGAGCUGGUUCUUACCCCAAAUGUUCCGGAUAUCAUUGUCGUUUCUCCUGAGGACAAGCACCUCAAACAUGUCAUUGAUUCAAUGGCCCUUAAUGUGCUGGACGGUGGAUGUGCUUUCGAACAAGCUAUUAUGGAGAGGGGCCGUGGAAAUCCACUUUUUAACUUCUUGUUUGAGCUGGGCUCGAAGGAGCAUACCUACUAUGUCUGGAGGCUUUAUUCCUUUGCUCAGGGUGAUACCCUUCAAAGGUGGAGAACAGAGCCAUACAUCAUGAUAACUGGAAGUGGAAGAUGGAUUCCACCACAAAUGCCUGCAAGUAGGAGCCCAGAGCAUGCAAAAGAGUCUGCAGGCACAUAUGCAGCAGGGAGGAGCAGGAAGCUGAACAAACUCUUAACUGAUCCGCAAAGGGAUGAAUUUGAAGACAUGUUACGCGCUCUAACUUUAGAAAGGAGACAAAUCAAAGAAGCUAUGGGUUUUGCUUUGGAUAACGCAGAUGCAGCUGGAGAGGUUAUCGAAGUUCUGACCGAGUCCUUGACCCUGAAAGAGACACCGAUUCCAACUAAAGUUGCAAGACUCAUGCUUGUGGCUGACAUUCUUCAUAAUAGCAGCGCUCCUGUUAAAAAUGCCUCUGCAUACAGGACAAAAUUCGAAGCAACAUUACCCGAUAUAAUGGAAAGCUUCAACGAUCUGUACCGCAGUGUAACUGGAAGAAUUACCGCUGAGGCUCUUAAAGUGACAGAUUGGUUUCUCUUCUCAGAUGCAUAUAUAAAUGGGCUACGGGCCACGUUUCUUCGGACAGGAAACGCUGGUGUUACCUCGUUUCAUUCUAUAUUCAUGGAUGUGCCUGAUAUAGAGGAGAAAGGUCACAUGGGCAAUAUGAACAAUGCUGAUAAGAUCAAUCAAGAUGCUGCACUGGCAAUGGGCAAAGGAGCUGCAAGGCAAGAGCUGAUGAAUCUACCAAUUUCUGAGCUUGAGAGACGCUGCCGACACAACGGUCUGUCACUUAUAGGGGGUAGAGAGUUGAUGGUUGCUCGGCUGCUAAGCCUGGAAGAUGCAGAAAAACAACCUGGCUAUGCAGUGGCAGAUGAAAAAGCAAAGUAUCCACAGGGACAUUCAGCUUGGGAAGAAGUUAACAAUGAGACUGAGUGGAAGAGGACAAGCUAUGAUAAAGUUGAGACUAUAGAGCCUGUGAUUCUGGCCUCGACAAUACCAAUCCCACAGCCAGAGCUGAAAGCCUUUAAGAGCUACUCUGGAAGCGACAAUGCUGGUGGGACAACUUUCAAGAUAGACGAACAGGAUCUCAAGGCUGAUCCAAGCAUUCAUGCCCAGCCUGAAAAUGAAAUUGACGAGGAGCAAAGACAAAAGCGUAGACGCAUAGAGGUUGCUUUGAUUGAGUAUCGAGAAUCUCUCGAGGAACAGGGGAUGAAAAACUCGGAGGAGAUAGAUAGAAAAGUUGCAGUCCACCGAAAAAAGCUUGAAGCUGAUGGCUUAUCAGGAAAUCAGAGAGUGCUACCAGAGAAAAGGGAGAGGCGUGACGAUUCUAAAGAAUCAUCUAGAAAGAGAAACCGAAGUGAGAGCCAGAAUCGAAGCCAAAGUCCGCCACAGAAAUCAUCAACCAGAGAAAGGACAAGGUCCCCCGAGAACGCCGAGAAAAGAGCUCAAGUCGUGAGAGAGAUGAUCACGAUAGAAGCAGAGAGCGAGACAGGGAUUGGCGCAGACAAGGCAUGA